CGCUAAUCUCACACUCUUACCCGAGCUGAGGAUGCGCUUCCCGCCUCGCCCGUGAAAAAUCUUCUCGCGAUUACCGAACCAAGCUCACCACACUCCAAUUCCGGCGGCACAAUGGACGGCAGCCUCCGCACUCUGUCUCAGGCGAGCUUCACCGGCGAGGUACGCUCGGCGAUGUCGUCGCUCCUCCUCUCUCGGGACGGCGCCAGCGCGUUCGACACCGUCUACUCCCACCUCCCGCCCCCGGUCACCAUCCCGCCGCUCGGCUCCAGCGUCUACUACCGCCAGUGCGAGCUCCUCCGCUCCUUCGCCGCCACGCAGCCGCACCACCACUCGAGCGCCGUCGCCAGCCCUUCGUCGAGUCUCCCCUUCCUCAGCGCGAGGCACGACGGAGAGGCGCUGCGCACGACGAAGACGUACCGCGGCGUGCGGCAGCGGCAGUGGGGCAAGUGGGUGGCGGAGAUCCGGCUGCCGCAGAACCGCGUGCGCGUCUGGCUCGGCACCUACGACUCGCCCGAGACCGCCGCGCACGCCUACGACCGCGCCGCCUACAGGCUCCGCGGCGAGUACGCGCGCCUCAACUUCCCCGGCGUCAUGGACUGCCCCGGCGACGACGCCUGCCCCGACGCCCUCCGGCCCCUCCGCGACGCCGUCGACGCCAAGAUCCAGGCCAUCCGCGUCCGCAUGGCCCGCAAGCGCGCGCGAGCCAGGCGCUUGCGUGAGGAGAGCAAGCAGAGCGGUCGGCGUGCAGACGCCGAGUCUUCCCAGCGGACGCCGACACCUGCCCGCCCUGUCCUCUCGGCGAGUGCCACAGACGACUCCGCCCAGCUGCCUCCGACGACCGCCCGCCCCGUCCUCUCGGAGAGCGCCGCGACGUCCGAGACGACGACCACAACAACGACGUCGUCGUACGGGUCGCCGGAGGGGGCGUUCUCCGUGGCCGACGUCGACUGCUCGCUUGAGAAGAUGCCAUCGUUCGACCCGGAGCUGAUAUGGGAGAUGCUCAACUUCUAGCUGGGAAAUUAGGACAAGACACGAAGCCAACCAUGGUUGGAGUGUCCGAGCUCGUAGGAUUUGCAGGUAGCAGGUACCGGAUUUUUCAUCUGUGAGGAUACAGUUAACAUAGUACUACAAGGAUAUAGUAUGAGCAAUAAAAAUGCCCAGAAAAACUGGGCGCCCUAGAGACUGUUAAUUAGUAACUGCAUCUGUCUCUGGGUUGCAUCGACAAAAUGUGAAAACUGUUCCCUGAAUUAUAUAGCUCAUUUUCUUAUGUGUUAAUUGCAGUGUUCUUCAGAUAGCACCACCUGUUC